AGUGGUGUUUCCCUUUCCGGGGAGCUCGUGCCAGCAGCAGCCAUUGCAAAGAUGGGAUCCAGUGCGAAUCCUGUGACUGACUCACAAGACCCAAAAAUGUAUAGUUGUAAGGACGCCGCCCUCUCCUUACCGACACACUCCUACUGGUUUGACCUGUGGGUGUUCGUGGUGUUUGACAUCGUGUUGUUCUUCUUCGUAUAUUUUAUAAUUCCUUAAAGAGGUUUGUCCCUUUUGACUUUGGAGGCUGAGAACAUGGAGGGCCGAUCCUGCCCUGCUCUGAAGAAGGCUAACCCGGCUUUGACUAAACUUAACACCUUGUUACUGGAUACUACACCUCAAGUUUCCACAUCUUGGUCCUUAGAUGUUCAGGUUUUAUGGACUUCCUGACAUGUUAUCAAGCAUGCGAGCCACUGAAACCCCACCUCUGAGACGUAACCAGUUACUGACAGCUUUCAUGGGUGUCUGCUGUUGCUGAAAGGAUUAAAAAUGUAAAAGAAAGUUAUUUUUUAAACUGCCUCUAUCUUGACCAACUGCUGUUUUCGGACUCAUAAAAUGUAACACCUGAUGACCUAAGAAACUCAUUUGUUUCCACUUUUAAUGUCACCCUGUACUUUCUCUUCUGAAUUGAUCUGCACAUUCCUCUCCGGGAAGAACAGAUAAGCCUCGUGUGGAAAUGUGGGGUUUGUCUCAGUAAGCCGUGUGGUGAACUAUUGCAGUCACAGAUGACCAUUUGAGAGAUCUGAAUUGUACACAUAAUGAACAAUGUUUCCAUGAAGGAAUUCCAAGCAUGUAAAAGUCUUUGCACAUGGACAAUUGAAAGACAAAUAGUGUUUUUAACUGUUUAGUUAUUAAAAACUAUUUGACUAAAAGUUGCAGUUGUCACAUCAUGCACAAAUAAUAUUUGUACUUAAAAGUCUUGUUUUUAUAUUUAAGGGUGUAUUAUGUAGAAAUGAAGUAAAAAUGACAUCCUGUGGUAAAAAUUUGUACCGCAACCACUUAAAAAAAUCUGGAGCUUUUUGCCAGCUGUAAUUGUCGGCAGUGCAGUAUUAGCUCGCAGGAGACAGCAACCCCACACUCACCAAUUGUAAACAGUAUUUAGGGCCCUCCUUUCUUUGUUUUGAAAGGAGAAAAACUGAAUUCCUGCAGCCAGUUGGAUAUGAAAUAUGUUUUAUUAUAACCUUCCAUCCAAAAUAACACUUUUGGGAUUUUCCCACUGUAAAAUUCUAAACUAUUUUCUUACCUACUUCAUAUUUAAAUAAGUUCCAGAGUAAACUAAACUUAGUUUUCAAUUGUGCAUCUAAUAAAUCAGUCAAUCUAGAGAUAUUUUAAUGAGUGACCAAACUGAAACAUGCUGUUUUAUGUAUGAGCUGAUAGAAACGUGAAUACUUUUGUAUUGCAAGAUACUUUUAUUUUGAAAAUAGGUUUUCACGGUUUCCGCUUGUAAGAAGAUGCUAAAUUAUGUAGUUUUCCACCUGAUGGCUGUGACUACAGAAUAUCUCCGUCAUGGACAAUACUUGUCGAGUGGAAAACACAGACAUAUUCCUGCCACUGUCCUCUCUGCGGCUGCUCAUGCCUCCUCUGCGGCUGCUUUCUGCAGCCAUGUGGCAAGUGGCUCAGCGGAGAGAUGUUCUCGACUACGAGAAGCUUGAUGAGUUUGUGACGCUGGUGACGACGACAGUUCCAGACCUGCUCAGUCCAAAGCAACGAGGCAAACUGCUGCUUCGGCUGCGGGCCAGAGUUAUUCUUGAAUUGUGCAAAUGUGCACAAACAGCCAACAUUUUAUGUGUUCAACCUCACUUAGAGCGAAUCCGUCCACCUGGAUACUCGGGAAGUGGAGAUGCAGAAGUGGAUACAGAGGAGGCCAUUUUUGUGGAGCUAAUUCAGACAUUACUGAGUGAUUCAGCAGAGAGGGAGCACUUUUACCAGGAAGUUUUUCCAGCAGAAUACCUCAGCUAUGACACAGACAUACAGCUUCUGGUGUGGGAAUUCCUUUCCAAGCUGGAGAGACUUCUACCGGUGCCAACCCUUGGUCAGAGCAUUUUAUGGCUGACCUCUGCUCCCUCCAUACUGAGUGAAUGCAUUCAUGCACUCUCCGAUCCCGAUGACCUGAGGGUUCUCCUACAGCACCACGAAAGCCUCGAGUCUCUCAGCACACAAGGUACCACAGUGGAGAUGUCCACACAGGUCUUUGCCUGUCCCGAGUGUCCGUUUUUCCACAUGCAGGAGUCGUACCUGCUGCAGCACAUCGAACACAGCCACCCAGAACAGUACACUAAACUCCAGAACAACUCACAGACAAAUAAAGCCCCCAAGAAGAAAACCCGGAGGACAGAGUUCCCACAACCCUUCCCUAUCCACGACCGUCCAAACCCACACACAUGUCCAGACUGUGGCAGAACAUUCACACGGGCCUCCGAUGUGACACGUCACCAACGCACCCACACAGGUGAGCGCCCCUAUACCUGUGGGGAGUGUAUGAGGGGCUUCAAGAACUCUUGGGAUCUUACCAGGCAUCAGCACAUUCACACUGGGGAGCGUCCCUUCCUCUGCUCCCAGUGUGGUAAACGCUUCACUCAGAUGGGGUUGCUCAAGCUACAUUUUGAGCGGACUGCCUGUGGACAGACUUGCAACCCGCCUCUAGACUUGACAACAGAGGUGGUGGCAGCAGAGGAGUCGCCAGAGAAAGAGAGCCGUCAGUACAAAUGUCAGAAAUGUGGCGAGAGCUUCAACAGCAUCCUGGAUCGACUGAGACACAGACAGAGUCACGUGGCGAGACGUCAGUUCAAGUGCUCUACGUGUGAAAAGGUUUACGGUCGGGCCUCUGACCUUAAGAGACACCAGAUGAAACACACGGGCAUGCGGCCUUUCACCUGUGCGUGUGGAAAGAGCUUUACGCAUGUGUGGAUUCUAAACAAGCACCAGCAGACCCACUCCAUGGAGCGCCCACACUCCUGUGCAAAGUGUGGCAAGACCUUCACACAGCUCCAGAUCCUCAACAGACACCUGCUGACUCACAGCGGUCAGCGACCGUUCCGGUGCUCAGUCUGUGAAAAGGGCUUCACCCAGCUGGCCAGCCUCGCUCGCCAUGAGAGGAUCCACACAGGUGAGAGGCCGUACGUGUGCACCACCUGCAAGAAGACUUUCCUCACAAACGGAGAGCUGGCGAGACACCAACGCACCCAUAGUACCCUCCGACCCUUCAGCUGUCAUCAGUGCCCGAAGAGCUUUAAAACAAAACGAUCUCAGACUGAACACCUCAAAAGUCACUCGGGUGAACAACCGUUUUCAUGUGCCUGCUGCGGUAAGAAGUUCUCCAAGUCGGCUUCACUCACACGCCACAAUCUAACUCACACCAGGGAGCGACCCCACCAGUGCUCCCAGUGUGGAAAUGCCUUUUUCACCUCUGGUGAGCUGCUCCUACACAGACGCAUCCACACAGGAGAAAAGCCUUACUCGUGCUCCUUCUGUGAGAAAAGGUUCAGAUGUUCAUCUGACCUUAACAUGCACAUUCGAACACACACGGGGGAAAAGCCACACGGCUGUCCGUUCUGUAGGAAGGGCUUCUCUACAUCCACCAGGCUGAGGAGACACAUGCGUACACACGUGAAGAAGGCCGUGGGAGUGGAGUCAUCCAGUGUUUCGUCAGUCUAAUCAUUUGGGAAUAAGGCAGUUAGCUUCUAAUUCUUCAUUUUAAUCAUUCUGAGUCUGUCUUUGGAUAAUUAUGCCUCUGUGAGGAUUAAAAUCUGUGUUUUGACGGGGGGGGGG